AUAUUAUAUAUGCGAACGAAUAAUGGUGUAGGUACAUGCGAUUAUACGAAUAGAAAAGACGUCAAGCGUCGCUUUGUAACUAUUAAGACGCCUUUGAGAGGUCAUUUCGAGACUAUCUAGUGUAUAAAUUUAAUCAAGUCACAUGCUGCGACCAUCCUCUGUUGAUGAUCAACAACAGUCAAUUGCAUUGCUCCAGGUUCCACGUAAUUCUCGUGUACGACAUGAAUCAAUUUCAUCGAGUGUUAGUGACAUUGAUGUGCCAAUAUAUUCUACAGAUAAUUUAACUACACGUCCACCAUACCAGCAACGAGAAGCGGAAAAAUCACCAGAAGAUGAAUAUGCAGCACAAAUACCGACAGUUAGUUCGACAAGUAAAAUUACUGACACUGAUGCAAAAGUUGUAAGGGAAUUGGGUCUCAAUGGGAGGUUAGCUUUUGCAAUUGCAGCAGCAGCUUUAGGCUCCUCAUUUCAACAUGGUUAUAAUACUGGUGUUGUAAAUGCUCCAGAAGAGCUAAUAGAAAAAUGGAUAGCGGACGUAAUUUUGUAUCGAACGGGAGUGUAUCCAGAUCAAAGCAGCGUAACAUUAAUAUGGUCUGUUGCCGUAUCUAUAUUUUGUAUCGGUGGUAUGAUUGGCGGUGUGAUUACUGGUUUAGUCGCAGAUCGUUUUGGCCGUAAAGGUGGAUUACUAUUUAACAAUGUAUUAGUUUUAAUUGCAACAUUUUUAAUGGGCUUAGCAAAAUCAGCUGGAUCAUAUGAAAUGAUGAUACUUGGACGUUUUAUUAUUGGUAUUAAUUCUGGUUUAAAUGCUGGCUUAGCACCAAUGUACUUAGCAGAAAUUUCACCCAUAAACUUAAGAGGCGCUAUUGGUACCGUUUAUCAAUUGGUUAUCACGAUAUCCAUAUUAGUCUCCCAAAUAUUAGGUUUGGGAUCACUAUUGGGUACAGCAGAUAAAUGGCCUAUAUUGUUAGCCAUCACAAUUGUACCUGCAAUCUUCCAAGUAGCAACAUUACCAAUUUGCCCAGAGAGUCCAAAAUAUUUGCUAUUAACACGUGGAAAAGAUCAUGAAGCUGAAAGAUCAUUAGCAUGGUUACGUGGCACAAUUGAAGUACAAGAUGAAAUGGAUGAAAUGCGAUCAGAAUAUGAAGCCAUGAAGAUUAUUCCAAAAGUUACAAUGCGUGAAUUGAUUGUUAAUGAUGCCUUAAGGAUUCCAUUAUUAAUUUCUUUGGCAAUUAUGUGUGCUCAACAACUCAGUGGUAUUAAUGCUGUAAUGUUCUACUCAACAAAAAUAUUCAAAAUGGCACAAUUAAGUUCAGAGGGUGCCCAAUUCGCAACCUUAGGAAUGGGUGCAAUCAAUGUACUAAUGACUGUGAUAUCAUUGAUAUUAGUUGAACGAGCUGGCAGAAAAACUUUACUUCUCAUUGGUUUCUCAGGAAUGUUCAUCGAUACAAUUUUACUUACAUUUGCGAUGGUCAAUGUUGCUGCAGCAUUGUGGAUUAGUUACUGCGCUAUACUUUUCGUUUUGAUAUUUGUGGUUAUGUUUGCAAUUGGGCCGGGUUCAAUUCCAUGGUUUUUGGUUUCUGAAUUAUUUACACAAUCUGCACGACCAGCAGCCACUUCACUUGCUGUGUGUGUGAAUUGGACUGCAAACUUUUUAGUUGGUUUAGGAUUCUUACCAUUACAGAAUAUUAUGGGACCAUACAUUUUCAUAAUAUUUGUUGUAAUAUUGGGUGUAAUUGUUGUGUUCGUAUACAAGAAAGUACCAGAAACAAAGAACAAAACAAUGGAAGAAAUAUCAGCCAUGUUCAGACAACAAUCGUACCAAUAAACAACCAACCAAAACAGUAUAUCAAAUUUGUAUCAAAACAUGCUUCAAUACGAGCAUGUAAUGCUUUACCAUGUUUCGAUGUCUAUAUAUUUACUAAAAAAACACAAAAGAAUGUUUCAUGAAACUUGAUAAUGAGUACUGUUACAUUCUUUAAAUCAAAAAUGAAAAAAUAUUUAUGAGGUGUGUACGAGAUUGUGACGUCGACUGGAAUCCAGUACCGAAAAAGACGGAGCCUAAAUCAGAUAUAUAAUUUGUAUAGUUUUUAUUUUAAUUAGUUAUCCGUUUUAAGAAACGUCUUCUUUUGUGUUUAAUUCCAUUCUCGUCAUAUACUUGUACACCCAGUAAAUUAAUAGUAAUUGAUAGUAGAACUGAAUUUUAACAAAACUGAUUUUAGAUGAAAAUAAUAAUUUAGAUUA